AUGAGGCGAGCGGCCUCCCUCUCCUCAGCGCCCGUCAAAGGCCCGGCCCGAAGGAAGAGCCGAGGGAACCAGCAGGCCGGGCAGCUGCAGAAACUAGGGCUGGCGGUGCGGGAGUUCGUGGAGGCGGCUGCGGCGGGGCCCGGUGUGGCCGGCGGCCCCAGGCUCCGCGCCGCUCCCGGGCCGAAACCGGGCGGCCGAAGGAACCGGCGGGAGCUGAAGCGGGAGAAGCGCCAGCUGAAGCGAGGCCGCCGCCGGCUUCUCCUCCGCGGCCAGGAAGCAGCCCAGGAGCGACCUCCGCGGCCGCCUCGCCCAGCUGCGGCGGCCGCCUCGGGCCACGAGCAGCCCGGGAAAAAGCAGGCCCCGCCGGCCCCGGAGAAGCGCCUCCCCCGGCCGGAGCGGCCCGGCCCGGCCCCUCCGGCCGCGUCUUUGGCCCGCAAGCGGGCCCUGCUGGCGGCCAACGAGGCGGAGGAGCGGGAGAUCCGCAGGCUGGAGAGGCAGCUGGGCCUCCGCAAGCGCCGCCAGAAGCAGGCCCCAGGGCCCGGGGAGGCAGGCCUGCCCCGCAGCUUCUCCCGGGACGGGCUGGGCUACGUGCUGGGGGCCCUGGACUCCGCGGCGGCCUUCUCCGGCCUGUACGAGAGCAGCGAGGGGGAGGAAGAGGUGGAAGUGGAAGGGAAGGCGGAGGAGGGAAGCCGGAGCGGCGAGGAAGAGGAGAUGGAGGAGGAAGAUGUUUUGGCCAGGGAGGAAGAAGAGGCCGGGGGCUCAGAGGAGUCCAGCGUGGAAGAAGGAGGCGAAGCCGAGGAGGGAGACUGCAAUUCCCCCGGCUCCAGAAGCCCAGAGGCAGGAGCCCUGGGUCCCGCGUCUCCCCCAGGGGAAAAGGAGAGACUUUGCCAUGGUGCUACAAAGUAUGUUCCUCCUCAGAUGCGAAGGUCUGAAGAGACAGUGGAUGCAAAAAAGAGAGAAGAAUUAGAAAGACUGAAGAAAACAUCAAAAGGUCUCAUUAACAGGUUGAGUGAAUCUAACCUGGCCUCCAUAAGUGGGCAGCUGGAGGAACUAUACAUGGCAAACAGUAGAAAAGACAUGAAUGAGACCCUGACCGACAUUCUUAUGAGCGCUUGUGUUACUGCCUCAGUGAUGCCGUCCAGACUGAUGAUGGAGCAUGUCCUUUUAGUUAGCGUCCUUCAUAAUACAGUGGGAAUUGAGGUUGGCGCUCACUUUCUGGAAACAGUGGUGAGGAAAUUUGAUGACAUCUACAGAAGCAAGGUUGAAGGGAAAGAAUGUGAAAACCUGCUUACCUUAAUUGCUCAUUUAUAUAAUUUUUAUGUAGUGCAUUCACUGCUGAUCUUUGACAUCUUAAAGAAGCUCAUUAGCACUUUUUCUGAGCAGGAUAUUGAACUAAUUCUGCUGCUGCUGAAAAAUGUGGGGUUUUCCUUGAGGAAGGAUGAUGCUCUGGCACUGAAAGAGCUUAUUACUGAGACCCAGAAAAAAGCGAACGCUGUAGGGAAGCAGUUCGAGGACCAAUCAAGGGUUUGCUUUAUGCUGGAGACCAUGCUGGCACUGAAAAAUAAUGACAUGAGGAAAAUCCCUGGUUAUGAUCCUGAGCCGGUUGAGAAACUACGGAAGUUGCAGAGAACACUGAUUCAUAACAGUGGUUCUGGAAAAGAGGCUCAGCUUCGUGUGUCAUUGGAAUCUCUCCUCAGUGCUGAUCAGAUCGGCCGUUGGUGGAUUGUUGGAUCCUCUUGGAGUGGAGCCCCAAUGGUUGACAGCUCCAGUAACAAAGCUCAACAUAUACUACCCACAGGAAAGGUGAGUUCAAAGAUUCUUGAGCUUGCCCGUAAGCAGAGAAUGAACACAGACAUCAGGAGGAAUAUAUUUUGUAUCAUAAUGACUAGUGAAGAUUUUUUGGAUGCCUUUGAAAAGCUUUUAAAGCUUGGUCUUAAAGAUCAGCAGGAGAGAGAAAUUGUCCACGUCCUCGUAGAUUGUUGCCUACAGGAGAAGACUUACAACCCCUUCUAUGCGUAUUUGUCUGCCAAGUUCUGUGAAUAUGAUAGGAGAUUCCAGAUGACAUUCCAGUUCAGUAUGUGGGACAAAAUCAGAGAUCUGGAAAACCUGACCAGGACCGCUUUCUCCAAUUUAGUUAAUCUCUUGGCUCAUCUGUUAAAGACUAAAUCCGUCUCCCUUGCUGUUUUCAAGGUCAUUGAGUUCAGCGAACUAGACAAGCCAAAAGUCCACUUUUUACGGCAAGCGUUAUCUACACUGUUCCUAAAAACAGACCCGGAAGAGCUCUGCUACAUUUUUGGAAAAUUGGCUGAGAACCCCAAGCUGGGAAUGCUGCAUGAAGGCUUGAAGCUUUUCCUCACCCACUUUUUGCUGAAGAAUAUUCAAGCUAACAAAAGUGCCUCAGAAGCCACUCUGCUAAAAGAGCGAAUUGAACUAGUAAACAGGACUUUGAAAGCAAAAGAAUCAAGAUUAAAGUUAUAGCGCU